UGACCACGGAGACGUCUUUGGACAACGCUGGCUCUUCAGCUUAGAAAUGGCCCCUAGAGCCAGAAAUGACUAGCGCGCAGAUGCGGGGAAACCUUUAGCUAUGAAAUCUAUAACAACCAUUUUAUAUUCCAGUAUAAUCAUUUUCACCAUAUCUGGGGUAAACAAAAUUGACGGAGCUCUUCCCAGUAAAUAAAUAUUUAAUUCUGUAUUUUUUCUUUUAACAGAUGAUGGAUGCUAUAAAAGGAACCAUGACUGAGAUAUAUAAUGACCUUUCAAAAAAUACUACUGGAAGCACAAUUGCUGAGAUUCGUCGUCUGAGAAUUGAAAUUGAAAAGCUUCAGUGGUUACAUCAGCAAGAGCUCUCAGAAAUGAAACAUAAUCUGGAACUCACAAUGGCUGAAAUGAGACAAAGCUUAGAGCAAGAAAGAGAUCGUUUAAUCGCUGAAGUGAAGAAACAGCUGGAAUUAGAAAAGCAACAAGCUGUGGAUGAGACCAAAAAGAAGCAGUGGUGUGCCAACUGCAAAAAAGAGGCCAUCUUUUACUGUUGUUGGAAUACCAGCUAUUGUGACUAUCCUUGCCAACAAGCUCAUUGGCCAGAACAUAUGAAGUCUUGUACACAAUCAGCUACUGCAACCCAGCAAGAGACAGAUAGUGAAGUUAAUUCAGAAACAUUAAACAAAGCGUCCCAACCUGGUUCCAGUGCACAGCCUGCGCCUACAGAAGCAACCAAUGCUCCAAAGGAAAAAGAGGCAGUUGUGGAAAAAAGCAAGGAAAGUGUUACGAUAGCAACAGGUGUGACAAGCAGCCAGCCUAUAAAGUUGGUCCAGGUAUCGCAGACCACUACCUAUAUACCAACUACUCAACCCACAAUUACCAUUCCGGUGGUAGUAAGUCCUACAGCUGGGACCAUGGCAAUGAGAACAGGAGUUCAGUACGUUCAAACAACAAUGCCUGUCCAAGUACGAAGAGUCUAACUGCUAACCAAGGAGACCAGGCAACUGUUGGAAUAAUAAUAAUCUCUUCAUUAGAAAUGUGAAAAAAAAAUGCCUACAGGUUUUGGAUUAACCUCAAAGGUUGAGACUUUUACCUUUGUACAUGUGUACAAAGCAGUUAACUACACUACAUUAAUGUAAAGCAUUAGUGUUGGCUUUAAAAAGCCAGAGGACAGUGAAAAUUGAUGGUAAAUCUAUACUGUUGUAAAUUAUGUACAAUUUGUGGAUGACGUUAAGAGUGCCAUCCCUUUUUUAUAUUUGUACUGACUUUAGCACAUGUUGGAAAUUUGUGAAGGAAAGACUAAAUCAGGCUUGCCACAAAUGUCGUCGACAGGAAUGAUCUUCUGGGAAUGACAGUUGCACAUAGAAACCAUUCUUCCUCUUUAGAGUUUAAAGAAGAAAAGAGCUGAAGUACCUGGCUUAUAUUUGGAAAAGAAGACAAUGCCUUGUGUAUGCAACUGAAAUUAGUGCUGGCGAUUUUAAAAAAAAAUAAUUUUCAAUCUUUGGGUCCCAAGUACAUUAAACAGCAAAUUUUUGUGUAGCGUAUUUAAUGUGAGAGAGAAUGUUUACAAAAAAUAAAGUUUUGUUAAUACUAAGGAAAAGGAAGCAAGAACCUUAAUAGCAGUUGGCAAUACAGUAAUCAAAUAUUUUGGACACAAGUGGAUCUGGGAGACAUCCUUCCUAUUGGGUUUAUGCACACAUAUACAUCCAUACAAGAUUUUCUGGAGGACUUUGGAAAAAGGGAACACAAGAACGAGAAAUGGCCAGGUCACUUGGAGAAAUGGGCAAAAGACAUUGAUGCUGGGCUAGAGCAUGUAUUAUGGGAUUUUUUUUUAUGUUUUUAUGUGAGCAUGAAGCAGUACAGUAUGAGAGAGAAAGUAAUCCAUGAAAACACUGUCUGUUACACUUAUACUGUAGUAUCAUUUUGUAUGUUGUGUAAACAAAAGCAUUGAACAAAGCAAGAUGAUGUAUGUAUAUGAGCAAAUUUAAUUGUAUGAUAUCAUUCCAGUACAUUUUGCUGUACAUUUUAGUCAUAAUUGAUUUCUCCCAUUGUUUAUAAAGAAUGCAGUCUGUACAGUCUCCAGCUAGUAUGCACAUUAGAGGAAAGAAAACAAAAUGAACAAGAAAAACAAAUCAAGAGCAGACUAUUUGUGAAUUGCAGUUGUGUCAAAGAUAGCCUAGCUGGCCUUAUUUGUGAAGCAUAAUUGCUUUUAGCAUAUGGAAGUAUUUUUUCACAUUUUCUUUGUAUAAAAUUUGUAUUAAACUAAAUAUCUUUUUUGCUUCUUGUGUUUC